AUGGAUAUCGAGUUCGACCUGUUGAUCUCGGACGAUGGCGUUUCGCUGGUGUGGAUCCAUCGCAGUCCAUGGCACACUCAGCUGCAAAACUCCAGCAAAUGUGGCUUGAAGUUGCAAGCAACUUUGCUCGUGCAGAGGCCGCCUCCAAGACGUCUGGCAACCACAGUGAUGACUUCUGGGAUUUCUGUGCUGGACGAACGGACGUGGAGCGAACACCGUGGUUCUGGCCAGUGCACGAAGGAAGAUGGGACCCGCUUGAUUCAAAUAAUUCGCGAUCGUGAUGACGAGUGUGAUGAGGACUUUGACGACGUGAAUUACGACGCGGAGUUGGAAGAGAUAAUUAAAAGCACAACGUACUAA